GCAUCUCCACGUGUGCACCCCCCGCCAACGUCACUCGCCCUCAACCUCUUCCCCCUCCUCUCCCUCCUCCGACCGACUCCUACUCCCUCCUAGCUGACGCUCCGCUCUAUACUCUUGUAUCCACCGCUACAAUUCCCCCCGCUGCACACGCACCGCUCGCCGAGUGCGAAGCGGUGAGACUAGACUACUCUUUGAGUUAGUAUGGCCAUGGAUACCUUCCCGUUCCAGUGGCCCAUGGAUCCAGCCGCGUCAUCCGGCCUCGACGCUGGGUUUCUGCCGCCUCCAGCGGCUGUGGCGCCCGACGACGGCGUGGGGUACUACGACCCGCCUGCGGGGGCGGAUGUGGACGCCGCUGCUCUGCCGGAGUUCGCCGCGGCCUUCCCGCCGUGCGCGCCUGAUGCUGCCGCUGCUGUGUUGGCCAUGCGGCGGGAGGAGGAGGAGGUCGCGGGCAUCCGCUUGGUUCAUCUUCUGAUGAGCUGCGCGGGCGCCAUCGAGGCUGGUGACCACGCGCUCGCGUCCGCGCAGCUCGCCGACUCGCACGCCGCGCUUGCGGCCGUCUCGGCCGCCUCCGGCAUCGGCCGCGUUGCCGUCCACUUCACCACCGCGCUCUCCCGGAGAUUGUUCCCUUCGCCCGUCGCUCCGCCUACCACCGACGCCGAGCACGCCUUCCUCUACCAUCACUUCUACGAGGCGUGUCCCUACCUCAAGUUCGCGCACUUCACGGCGAACCAGGCCAUCCUCGAGGCCUUCCAUGGGUGCGACCACGUCCAUGUCAUCGACUUCAGCCUCAUGCAGGGCCUGCAGUGGCCGGCCUUGAUCCAAGCCCUCGCCCUCCGACCAGGCGGCCCGCCGUUCCUCCGGAUCACCGGCAUUGGCCCGCCCUCACCUACCGGCCGCGACGAGCUGCGCGAUGUCGGCCUCCGACUCGCCGACCUCGCGCGCUCCGUCCGCGUCCGCUUCUCCUUCCGCGGGGUCGCUGCGAACAGCCUCGACGAGGUCCGCCCGUGGAUGCUCCAGAUCGCGCCCGGGGAGGCCGUCGCGUUCAACUCCGUGCUGCAGCUCCACCGCCUCCUCGGCGACCCGGCCGAUCAGGCGCCCAUCGACGCCGUUCUCGACUGUGUCGCCUCCGUCCGGCCCAAGAUCUUCACGGUCAUCGAGCAAGAGGCCGACCACAACAAGACGGGCUUCCUCGACAGGUUCACGGAGGCGCUGUUCUACUACUCCGCGGUGUUCGACUCGCUGGACGCGGCGAGCGCCAGCGGCGGCGCGGGCAACGCGAUGGCGGAGGCGUACCUCCAGAGGGAGAUCUGCGACAUCGUGUGCGGGGAGGGCGCCGCCCGGAGGGAACGGCACGAGCCGCUGUCUCGGUGGCGGGACAGGCUCACGCGCGCCGGCCUGAGCGCCGUGCCGCUCGGUUCGAACGCGCUGCGGCAGGCGAGGAUGCUGGUCGGGCUGUUCUCCGGCGAGGGGCACAGCGUCGAGGAGGCCGACGGGUGCCUCACCCUCGGCUGGCACGGGCGGCCGCUGUUCUCGGCGUCCGCCUGGGAAGCCGCCGGGGACGGCGGCGGCGACAAUAACAACAACAGUAACAGCAACGUUAGCGGUAGCAGCGGCAGUGACAGUAACAACAGCGGCAGCAGCAAUGGUAAAAGCAGUGGGGCUCGGGAUGGUAGCAGCGUGUGUUUGUAAAUCGCGGGAGGGUUAGUUUGAUUAAGGGGAUCGAUCGUAAAUCGCAAAUAUGAAAAUCUGAAUGGCAUGGAACUUUUGAACUUACCAUCUGAUGAAGAGUUUCCUGUCCAUCUAUCUCUCUCGCCGAUAUGGGAGUAUACUUGGCAUAUAUUUUUCAGAUGCAAUUUGGA